ACAUCUUAGAGCUCUACCAGUCUUGAAACCCAACUCAACAAUCCCUCUACCUGUUUGACUUAUUCUUAGUGAUUGUCUUAACCCGCGAACUUUUGUUCACAUCCAGCACAAGGUGUUCCUGCGCACACGCUGACGUGCAGAAUCAAUCGUCCUCUUCCAGUCCUCUCACUCACCAUGUCCUCCUCAACGGCACUUCGUCCUAUUCUCCGACCUCAUUCACUCCCUAGUCUACCAUCUUCCUCGACCGCGAAGACCACUUUCAUCUGUCAAUCCUGCCGACAUGCUCGACUGCUCCGCCGACCCAAAAGAAUUUACACCUUCACACAACUCGUCACUCUGUCGGACGGAAGUGCGUUCACCAUGCGAACUACUUCCCCCGUACCUGUCUAUCGAUCUACACGAGACACGAGAAAUGCCCCUUUAUGGAACCCCACUUCCAAGGACGUUAUGAACGUUGAAGAAGAUGAUUCCGGUCGGUUGGCAGGGUUUAGAGCAAGGUUCGGCACGAGUUUUGAUGCUCUGACACCUGAAUCUAGCUCCUCCAAGAAAGCAAAAGGCGAUAGCACACUAGACGUUCAAGAGGAAGGCUCAAAGGGUGCCAAUCGCCCAAAGAAACCAGUGGAAACCCAAAAUGUCAUGGCCGAAGGUCAAUUCUUGGACAAGAACGAGUUUGCAGAAGAUGAUAUGAACCUGCUCGACCUCAUCACAUCCUUUGGUCAAGGGAGUAAUCAGCAGUCCAGUAUGAAGUCGGGACCUGAAGCUCCGAAGAAGAAGGGCGGAAAGAAAUAAAGACUAGCACUCUGUGCGCUGUAACAACAUUUCGAAUGGCACAAGAUCAGGAUCACCUUGCCCUGUUGAAGAUGACAGGGAACCGAAUUUUUCUUUGAGAAAGCAAUACCAUUAAUCAGCUAUGCGAUGUCGACAGACUUUGAUGUGCUCUGGAGAGUCGAAUUUUGAACCCCCCAAGGAACUGCCGAUCAAGCGCUUUUCGCGUUCUACACACCAUACACCCCGCCACCAAUCCGACGUGGACAAUUGCGCUGCGUGAGGUCCAACGCUCACUGUGAGUCAUACUGCAGUAAAACAUUCCCUCCAAAAUAGCGCCAUGUCAUAUGUGGGUCCAUCUUGAACACCAGCACGACGGUCGUGAUAGACCAGGUAAUCUGACCCUGGGCUCAUCUGCGUACCAACCUCUGUGGAAGUCGCGAUACGAAAACAAGCGGCAUCUUCGUCCAAACGGACAAGAUUAUUGUCAAUGGUCAUUUCGGGCUUCAUAAUCCACUGCGGCUCGAGGCCAUCUUGCUUGAGGAUGUAUCGACCGUCUGCUGGCAACCACAUGUCGACUUGAUUGUUGUUGUUGUAAUUGUUAUCGAGGCUGCCGGCCGUCACUAUGCAAUGAUACUUGCACAGGACCAACAGGACCCUCAGCUUGCUGGGCAAAUAUUUUCGAUGCGGAUCGAGGACUCGGACGGGUAUGAUAAAGGACAAGACCACAGUUCCCUUGAUCAAAAGAUCUGCGCAUGGUGGCUCGACUUGCUGACUCGUGGGAGGAAGGUCUAGACUUCUCAUCAGAUACGCCUGGGGAUAUUCGGUCAAUGCAUGCAUCGAUUCAGCAGACAACGGGUCGGCUUUGAUUCGAUUCAGAAAGGCUUGCGUGAUGAUGGCGCUAGUCCCCUUGAAUCCUUCCGAGAUGGCCACGUUGAAUCGAACAUGCUGGGCGCCCGAAGUAGGGUGUCGCAGGUGUGCUUCGAGUUCUACUCCUUGGUGUACCGUGGCAAAUCUACUGGUACAUUCAGUCAGACCCCAGCCGAGGAAGUUGAUUCGGGCAAUGGCAUAUGGCUUGUUGGAAUUUUCUUCCUCUUUCUGUGCCAGGUUGGCUUCUGUGAGACGUUGUCUCAUAUCCAUUGUCCUCGCGUUGGGUGCGUAUCAACGCUCGCACUUGGAGGGUGGGCGGUGGACGAUGAAUGAAUGAACGAGGGAGCAGUCUGGACACGACAAUGGAGAAGAGGGAGAUUUAAAUACGGUUGUGCCCCCCGCUAUAAGUGAAUUACUCUAGGCCGAGACUCACUAGUUGACGUGGCCGAUUGUUAACUCUGAGAGUGCCGAAUCACCACGACUUGGGGUAAGGCAGAUUCGAGAGUAUCGUCACGACAUGGGCAAGGGCAGAUCCGAGAGUACCGUCACAACAUGUGGUCAGGCUGAUAGAUAUCUACGAGAGUGCCGUCCAUCCGUCUACAGCAGUUACAUUGGAAGUCAAGUCAAAAUUUUGUCUUACAAACACACAUACAAAACCUCAAUUCCCAGCGACCAUUCCCCUCAUUUCAUGACUAAAUCCUUUUCCAAGAAUCAAGUAACUAUACAU